AUGGGCGGUGGCCGCGCUCCAAAAGACCCGCCGGACAAGGAGGAGGAGCGACCCUCACCGUCGUCGUCUCCAUGGCUGCCUCCUUCGUUGGCCGGUGUACGGCUCGCCGAUGCUCCUAUACUUCUCCUGGUUUACUUCCAUGAGGCUAUACGCACAGAGCUUUCUGAGCUACGGCGCGUGGCAGUUGCUGCUGCUGCGGAUGAGAAGAGUGAGUCACACUCGCGGGAAUUUGCGGUUGAGCUGUCUGGAAGGUUCGAGUUUCUUAAGCUUGUUUGUAAGUAUCACUGCGCUGCUGAAGAUGAGGUUGUCUUUCUAGCACUGGAUGCACAUGUUAAAAAUGUGGCUUGUACAUAUUCGCUGGAGCAUGAAAGUAUAGACGAUCUCUUUGAUUCUGUUUUCUGUUGCUUGAAUGUAUUCGAUGGAAGUAAAAGUACCUCCAAAGCAUCGCAAGAACUCGUAUUUUGCAUUGGCACCAUCCAGUCUUCUAUUUGCAAGCAUAUGUUGAAAGAAGAAAAGCAGGUUUUCCCUUUGCUGGUAAAGCAGUUUUCUUCCCAAGAACAAGCUUCUCUGGUGUGGCAAUUCAUUGGGAGCAUCCCUAUAAUUCUGCUGGAGGAUUUUCUACCAUGGAUGAUCUCCUUUUUUCAUCCAGAUGUGCAAGAAGAAAUUACAAAUUGUAUAAAAGAUGUUGUACCAAAGGAAAAAUCAUUGCAGGAGGUGGUAGUAUCCUGGCUUGGUAAGAAACACCAGACCACGUUUGGGUUUCACACUGAGCUUGCAAAAGGAGUUCGACCUCUUGAUGGACCAGCCACUAUCAAAGGCAAAUUCAAUUUCAAUUUCAUUAAGAGGCCUCUUGGAUGGAAGAAGGUGUACUGUUUCCAAACAAGUGUUGGAAAUAAUCCAGUUGAUGGUCUUCUUCUCUGGCACAGUGCCAUUCAAAAAGAUUUGAAAGAAAUUCUACUAGAGCUGCAUCAAAUAAAAAUAUCAAGCUGCUUUCAAAAUAUAGAUUUUGUUGUUCACCAACUGAAAUUCCUUGUAGAUAUCAUAAUCUUUUACAGCAAUGCAUUGGAGAAGUUCUUUUACCCUGUCCUAGUUGAUGUUUCCAACAGUCAGCUGUCUCUACCCACCCAACAUCUCUAUAUUGCGUGUCAUAUUGAGCAUUUACAGUACUUGCUACACUAUAAUGAUCAAAAGGGGUGGGCAACAAAUGAGUUUGCGGAGAAGCUGUUCCACAAACUGGAGUCCUUUGUGAUGAAUGUUGACAAACAAUUUGGGUUACAAGAAAAGGAGGUAUUCUCCAUUAUUAGCAAGAAUUGCAGCCAAGAAAUGCAGCAGCAGCUUCUGUGCAUGAGCCUUCAUGUGUUGCCACUUGGGUUGUUAAAACUUGUGAUUACCUGGUUUGCAGCUCAUUUAUCUGAGGAUGAAUCUAGGUCCAUUCUGCGGAAUAUAAACCAGGGAAGUUCCUUGGUCAAUAAAUCUUUUGCAUCCCUCCUAUUGGAGUGGUUCCAUAUAGGUUAUUCAGGAAAAACCUCAGUUGAAAGUUUCAGGAGGGACUUGGAGAAAAUGUUCAGCAGCAGAUGCUCUUUUCUUCCUGAGCCGAUUAAGGAAGAUGCUGAAUCCUCUUGCUUACUUUCAGAUAUGUUACCUUGUAAAGGACCUAAAUCUGAGCUAGUUAAACCAGUUUUUGUCAACAAGGAAAAGAAGGGUUUCUCUUUUUCUUCUGCUGACUCCCAUGGCAUUAAGCAGUUUGAUACAUCAUACUGCAGUGGAAUCAAUCUGCAUAUAUUUUUUCCCAAAACAAUAAGGGCAUCAUACUCUUUUUCAAAAUUUCCAGGUGAAAAGAGUUGUGUUGAUUCUGCUGUUACUGAACCAUUACCAAUGGAUCUAAUUUUCUUCUUCCAUAGGGCUCAAAAGAAAGAUUUAGAUUACCUUGUCCUUGGUUCAGCUCAGCUGGCUGAAAAUGUUGGGUUUCUCAUGGAGUUCCGCCAACACUUCAAUUUGAUACAGCUCUUAUAUCAGAUCCACAGCGAUGCAGAAGAUGAGAUUGCCUUUCCAGCUUUGGAAGCAAAGGGGAAACUCCAAAACAUCAGCCACUCCUACACCAUAGACCAUAAACUGGAAGUUGAAAACUUCAGUAAAAUAUCCCUCAUUUUAGAUGAGAUGUAUGAAUUGCACAUUACACCUUCUAAUGGUGAAUCAAAGACACUGGACAGGGUGGUGAGGCACCAGCAGCUCUGUGUUAAUCUCCAUGAUGCAUGCAAAUCAAUGCAUAAGUUACUAUCUGAUCAUGUGCAUCGCGAAGAAGUUGAACUUUGGCCCUUAUUUAGAGAAUGUUUCUCCCUUGAGGAGCAAGAAAAGAUCAUAAGAAGCAUGCUUGGAAGAACAGGAGCAGAAAUAUUACAAGAUAUGAUACCCUGGCUUAUGGCAUCUUUGACUCCCGAUGAACAGCAAUCUGUUAUGUCCUUAUGGCACAAAGCUACAAGAAAUACAAUGUUUGAUGAAUGGUUAGAAGAAUGGUGGGAAGGACAUAAAAUAGCCAAGGCAGCAGAGGAAUCAACUACUCCUUCUUGGACAACAGAUCCAUUGGAGAUUAUCUCAACAUACUUGCCUAAAGUCCUUGAUGAACAAGAAGCCAUUUGUGACAAUUUUUUAAGUGCUAAUUCCAUUGGUGCUGAUAUUGAGCGGUUAGGAAUGUCCAAUUUAGAUCAUAAAGCAAAGGCUUUUAAAGGAGAUGAAAAGUUUUCUGAAUGUUCAGGACUGUUUAGUAGGAGCAAUGACAAGAAAAGCAAUGAAGUAGCUGAUUGGAUGAACAUGACCAACAAACCAUGUCAAAAUUUUCAAGUGACUGAGAACUCUGGGCAAUGCAAGCAUGUCCUGACAAUGAGUCAAGAAGAUCUAGAGGCUGCCAUAAGAAGAGUGUUCUCUGACACAUCCUUCGAUCCUGAAAGGAAAGCACAUGUGAUGCAGAACUUGCUAAUGAGCCGUUGGAUUCUUAAGCAACAGGUAUAUAAUUUAGAAGUAAACAAAUCACAUAAUGGAGGAGAAAUUCCCGGUCAGCAUCCAUCUUAUCGGGACCCACGAAAACUAGCUUUGGGUUGCAAACACUACAAGAGGAACUGUAAGCUUUUUGCUGCAUGUUGCAACCAGCUCUAUACAUGCAUUCGUUGCCAUGAUGAGGUGGCUGAUCAUUCAUUGGAUAGAAAAUCUGUCACAAAAAUGAUGUGCAUGAAAUGCUUGAUAAUUCAGCCAAUUGCAUCCAUGUGCUCAACCGCUUCCUGCAAUGAUCUAUCCAUGGGAAAAUAUUAUUGCAGAAUAUGCAAGUUAUUUGAUGAUGAAAGGCAAAUUUAUCACUGCCCUUACUGUAAUCUCUGUCGAGUGGGGAAGGGAUUGGGUAUUGACUACUUUCAUUGCAUGAAUUGCAAUGCCUGCAUGUCACGAUCUCUAUCACUGCACAUAUGCAGGGAAAAGAGUUUUGAGGACAAUUGUCCUAUUUGCCAUGAAGACAUCUUCACCUCCAGCGCUCCAGUAAAGGCACUUCCAUGUGGGCAUUUAAUGCAUUCAAUUUGUUUUCAGGACUAUACUUGUACACACUACACGUGCCCAAUCUGUAGCAAGUCACUUGGGGACAUGCAGGUCUAUUUUAGGAUGUUGGAUGCAUUGUUGGCUGAAGAGAAAAUCCCAGAUGAAUAUCAUGGCCGAACUCAGGUCAUACUAUGCAAUGACUGUGAAAAAAAAGGAACUGCUCCCUUCCAUUGGCUAUAUCACAAAUGCUCAAACUGUGGCUCAUAUAACACCAGGGUUCUCUGACUCUGUUCCACCAGAUGAUUGUUUCUCGAGAUAUAAGAAGGUUGUUUGGUUUGAUGGUGAAGAAAAUGAUAUGUUUCUUGUGCUAUAACCUGGCAAACGUAUAGUACUACAAAAAAGUUGAAAACACGUUGGUUAACAGCUAGGGGAACCCAGAAACUGUUGAAUUGCCAUUGGGCCGCCAUUAUUGGUGUUAUCGUUAUAUGCCAAAAGGAUGUUGAAGCCACAGGAUUUCCAAAAUUUUCUCCUUGAGAGUCCUUGUAAGAAGAGCCAUAACCAACAUUAUUAUUGCUAUUCUCGUAAGACUGCAAAGCAGACACUACUGUGGUGUAAGGCUGGAACUCAAUUGAGGAGAGGAAGAGCAUUAAUAGUGAUAGGCGGGGCCAUGCAGGUCGUUAGGCAUGGAAGAAAUCUGAUGCUGUUGCCUCUACAUCUCAAGGUGUGCAUGCACUGCAUGAAAAGAUGACCCUCGAGCAUCCACAUGUCUCUGAGCAAUGGCUUGCUACUUGAUAGAACACGUGGCCUCACCCUGCUGGGCAGGAUCCAUAUUCUUUAAUAUCUUAAGAAUGUGAUCAUGGCUGGCGGACAAGGUGCAAGAUCGCUUGUGGUACUUGCAUGCAGCGCAGGCACUGGUGGUGCCACCCACCAUCCAAAUUAUACAUUAACAGUAUACAUAUAAGGAAAUACUUCUAGUGUGUGUGUGUGUGUAUACAUACACGUAUAUACAAGUAAAGAGGCAUCAAUGGUCAAACUCGGGCGAGAGAAGUAGCACUGUAGUGAAAAAAAAGGAAAUGUGAAUGAAAGGGUAGGAAGAGAGGAGACUGUUAUGACUAUGCCCCUCUCAAUUCCUAUCCUAGAAACACAAAACAAUACAAGUAAAGAGUUACACCGA